GACGUUCCUGGUCUCGAGCACCGCGGAUUUACUCCAGCUGGCACGCGCACGAUGACAGAAAUGAAUAGCCUAUGGAAUGAAAACGACCGACAGCGCGAGAUGGGCAGGCGUUGAGAUCACCUUUAACGGUGGCGGCUCCGCUUCGAAAUGGAUGAAUUCCAUCCGUUCAUUGAGGCUCUGCUGCCCCAGGUCCGUGCCUUCGCCUACACAUGGUUCAACCUCCAGGCCAGGAAACGGAAGUACUUCAAAAAACAUGAGAAAAGGAUGACUAAAGAAGAAGAGAGAGCUGUUAAAGAUGAACUGCUGGGGGAGAAGGCAGAGGUGAAACAGAAGUGGGCCAGCCGUCUUUUGGCCAAGCUAAGAAAGGACAUCAGACCUGAAUGCAGAGAAGACUUUGUCCUGUCAGUCACCGGGAAGAAAGCUGCGUGUUGUGUCCUGUCCAACCCUGACCAGAAAGGCAAAAUGAGACGCAUAGAUUGUCUUCGACAAGCUGACAAGGUGUGGAGGUUGGACCUGGUGAUGGUCAUCCUGUUUAAAGGAAUCCCAUUGGAAAGCACAGAUGGAGAGCGGCUUGUGAAGGGAGGCCAGUGCUCCAAUCCAGUCCUCUGUGUCCAGCCUCGACACAUCUCAGUCUCUGUCAAAGAGCUUGACCUUUACCUCGCUUACUAUGUACAAGAGAGAGAGGCAGAGCAGAGCAGCAGCCCAAGUCGUACAGGAGUGGGUUCCGAUCAAGAGGACAGUCGAACCACGACCAUGGAUGGUCCAGAGUUCCAGGAGAGUUUUGUGACAUCAGGAGUUUUCAGUGUCACUGAGCUGGUCCAGGUCUCAAGAACUCCAGUCAUCACAGGAGUAGGACCUAGUUUCUCUGUGGGGGAGCUCCAGGGCCACCUGGCUUAUGACCUCAACCAGUCUGUCAACCAGUCUGUCAACCAGCCGGUUAGCCUCAGACGAUCGUUGGCCAGCACCUCAUCCAGCGGGAGUAAGCGUCAUAAGUCUGGCUCUAUGGAGGAGGAGGCUGACAGUCCAGGAGGGGAGUAUUACCACUCACCUUCCUCUCCUGCCAGCAGCUCCAGGAACUGGACUGAUGACAUGGAAGGAGGUCUGUCUCCUCCAGUGAAGAAGGCAGAGCUGGACAGUCCCUCUCCACAGGAAGACUCACCAAGAUUGGGCUCCUUCACUCAGCACCACCGGCCAGUCAUAGCGGUUCACAGUGGUCUGUCUCGGAGUACCCAUCCCUCCUCAUCUCUUCAUUUCCCAUCCUCCUCCUACUUUCCCCAUGGAGCAAUCCGCUAUCCUCCUCACCUGGCCCAGGACCCCCUAAAAGAUCUGGUCUCACUGGCCUGCGACCCUGCCAAUCAAACCCCCAGCUCACUGAAUGGCAGCAACCAGAUUAAAGUGCCCAGUCACUAUAUCUCCUCUCAGAUGUUAGCACCUCCUGGACCAGCACCCUCCCUGGCUCCUCCCCCAUCCUCCCUCCCUAGGCCGACCCUUCCUACGGAAUCAAAGGCCACUACCACCUCCUCCGAUGGGGGAGCAAACUCCCCCACAUCACCCACAUACUCGGCCCCUGGGACCCCCCCCGCCAAUCGCUCCUCCUUUGUUGGAGUCACCCCUCGAGACCCAGGUGGACUCUACCAAGCCCAGUCUUGGUAUCUGGGCAACUGAGUGACUCUGGAGGAAGGUUGAUUGUCAUGGCAGUACUGUCCUGGAGGAAAGGAAACAAUGUUGUCAAGACAUUGCCAGAGGAAAAUAUAUAUUCAGCUUUGUAGAAGCAUAAUGUGU